AUGUCUCUACUUGCUGCAGAUGACGAUAUCGCCGGAUCCUCCUCUACCGCGCCUCAAUCUGCAGUUGCACUGUCGCCCGACUCGAGCCUCGCACCAACUACAAAUCUAGGCGGCCCUGCUGCGCCGAGUGAGCGCAUGCGCUCACAUCGGGGUAACCGACCGUCGCUUCCGAAAACAAAACAGUGCCCACAAUGUCCUGCUCGUUUCACCCGAACAGCCCAUCUGAAUCGCCACUUGCGAACACACACCAACGAGCGCCUGCAUCGUUGUCCCGCCUGCGACGCCGAAUUCACGAGGAGUGAUCUUCUUGCUCGACACAGAUCCAGUUGCGGAAGUCCUGUUGUUCCACCUCCAUCGCGGCGCAAGUCGUGCCAGUCUUGUGCCGAGAGCAAGAUCAAAUGCGACCUCCAAGAGCCAUGUACAAGAUGCAGCACUCGUGGAAAAGACUGCGUAUAUCUCAAUGACCCUAAGGCUUCGUUAGAGAAGAAGGCGGCAUCCGUAGCUCGCAAAAACCAGAGGCUCCCUGCGGUUCAAGAGGACGGAUCUGACCGUGAGCCUACUGCCGAAGAUUCCCCGCAAUGCUCUAUUCAGACCGACUUCGAACUCGGCUCAACCGACAUGCACUUCGGCAUCGCUCAUAGUCCUUCCAACCUCUCACUGUCCUCAACUCCAUCACGUGGAACGCUGUCUAGAGCUGAGCCAGCAGAUGGGCUCGAUCUUCCCAACGCUGUCAAUUCAUUCUUCCCAGCGUUAGAUCUAGGUCUUUUGUCUCUCGGGGCUGAAACCAACGCCGGUCUUACUGCAGACCCCGAAUCGCAGUACUUCGACGAUCUGUUGGCGAUGUUCACGGCUAACAACGCCGAUCUCAGCGGUGGCGCUCCCGUCAAGACAGAUGUCAUGAGCGACCAGCAAGCCAUGUUUCCAACUUCCCAAGGCUGGUUGGGCGAAGGCGUGUCGACGCCCUCCUACGCGUAUGACGUACACAUGACCCCGUUCGCGGACACUUCUGCACAGACAGCAGCCUCGAUUGACCUCGGAUAUGCCGUCUCUCCACCCUCCGACACUACAUCGCCGUCUACCGUGCUGUCUUCCGAGGGCCACGAUUCGCCCUCUGAUAUCCGAAUUCUCAGGAUGUGCGCGGAACAUGUGGCCCCGGCUACGCUACAACAUUACUUGUAUCUAUUCCACACAAACUUCGUCACGCACCUUCCCUUGCUCCACAUGUCUACUUGGACCCUUAAAGGGAAACCGGACAUCCUUAUACGUGCCAUAGAAGCGUGCGGAGCGCUCUUUGCCGGUACAUCGGAUGCUGACGAGUUCAUUACGGACACCAUCGAGAGCACUCAAGAUAGACUGCUCCGUGCUAUGACCAACGUUCACGGUGAUCUCGAGCAACAACUCUAUGUGAUACUUGCAGGUCUCUUGCUUCAGGCGAUCGGUCUAUCGCGCGACAGCUUCGAGAACCGUGCUUCGUCCAAUCUUUACCAUGGCAUGAUCAUCAUGAUGAUCCAAAAGUGUGGAUUGAUGACACGCUGCUCCGAAUACGUCCCUCCGACGUUCGACGACUCAAUGACAGGGGAAGAUGUGAACACUGCUUGGAGGGCUUGGGCUAUGCACGAGACCAUGAAGCGCACGCUUCACCUUGCAUAUGUGCACGAUACGUACCAUUGCGUCUACUACUCGUUACCUCCAUCGUUCUCUCAGAACGACGUUCACUGGCGGCUUCCGGCAGAUGACGACCUUUGGCACGCGUCUACGGCCGAAGAGUGGCUAAAUCGGUUGCGGAAAGCCCCAUCGCAUUGCGAUGUGGCCACACGGCUGACUGGCUUCAACGUACAAGCGGCGCUUCAAGUGCUCGGCGGUAUACACGUUGUCCCCAUUGAGCUCCCACUCUCCACCUUCUCCCACCUCAUCCUCAUCCACUUCCUCAUUUCCGAGAUCGCCGCGACGCAUACAUGCAGCGAAGUCGGAGCACCGAAGACCAGCGCAGUCUCGCUGCAAAGUGCUUUGCAGAUCUGGUUGCAUAGCUGGAAGCACUCCUGCGAAUCUUCGGGUCUCAACCACGCCCAGGCCUCCCAGAAUGCACUGCGUUUCUACUGGCUUGCUCAGAUAACGCUGCUCGUUGGCGCGCAAGCACCCCGCAUGUACUCACUCAAGGCUGACGUUCGUUAUCGAGUGAUGAUGCGUUGGGCUGCUCACAUUCGCGCGGUCGUCAAAGACAACCAGCCUGCGUCACCGUCGCUCUGGUACGACCUACUGGUUGCAACGGAGGCCGGACAGGACAAAGCGCCGACAGGGACCCUGUCAAAGACACUUUUCACAUUGCUACCUGAUAUCUGA